AUGCAGCUUAUUCCGAAGGAGCUGGACAAGCUCACGAUUGCCCACCUUGGGUUCUUGGCACAACGUCGUUUAGCACGUGGUGUGCGGCUGAACCAUGCAGAGGCAGUGGCCCUGAUCUCUUCGGUGCUCCACGAGCUCAUCCGCGAUGGCCACUACUCCGUGGCCGAUCUCAUGUCCAUCGGGAAAACCAUGCUUGGCCGCCGCCACGUCCUCCCCUCAGUAGUAGCCACUCUCGUUGAGCUACAGGUCGAAGGCACCUUCAUAUCCGGAACAUACCUCGUCACAGUGCACCACCCGAUCAGUAGUGACGAGGGCGAUCUCGAGCGCGCCUUAUACGGCAGCUUCCUGCCCGUUCCCUCCCACGAGGCGUUCCCAGAUCCUGACCCCAGCGAUUUCAUGCCAGAGAAGAUGCCCGGCGCUGUCAUCCCCGCGAAGCACGCGCGGGUCGAGCUGAACUCCGGACGCAGGCGCAUCAAGCUCAAGGUCAUGAGCAAGGGCGAUCGACCAAUCCAGGUCGGAUCGCAUUACCAUUUCAUCGAGACAAACCCACAGCUGCACUUCGAUCGCAUUCAGUCCUACGGGUUCAGAUUGGAUAUACCCGCAGGAACGUCGAUCCGGUUCGAGCCCGGCGAUACCAAGACCGUGACUUUGGUCGAGAUCGGUGGACACCGCGUGAUUCGCGGUGGAAACUGGCUUGCGAAUGGAGUAGUGGACAUGAGCCGGGCCGAGGAGAUUGUGACUAAAUUGCAGACUGCGGGCUUUGCGCAUGUGCCUGAACCGCAGGCGGAUAGCGCGCUUGUUGCUGGGUUUUCGAUGGAGCGCGAGGCGUACUCGCGCAUGUUUGUGCGCUUUUGGUGGUGGUAA